UGUCCGGAGGUGGCCCUUAAGUGUCUCCAAGCACUAAGCAGUUAUCGGAGAUGUAAAGGUCAACUCUCGCCUUCAAUUUGAAUAUAAAAGUUGUGCCUGUCAGACCAAUUCUGUCUGCUGUCCUCAAGCACAUUUAUUCUCCACAUCAUGCAGUGUCAUUUCUACCUCGUUGGUGACGCCGUCACCACAGCGCAGUGCCUGGAAGUCGACAGCCUCUGGAAGUUCGAAGACCUCCAACGCGCCGUCGGGGGUGUAUUUCACGUCGUUCAGCCUACCGGCAUGUCUUUCUACACAGCGUCCAAUGAUACUCUGACGACGGUGUCUGAGGUUCUCGCAGCCGCGACGAAUACUACCUCCCCCGUCGGCCUGCGUAUCGAUGGCAACGCCGUGCAGGCACCACAAGGCCCUCCAGGCCUCCCGCUUGUUGGCAGUUUCUAUGAAAUCUUUCCAGACCACCUGGGUAACCACUACCGGCUGUUCCGCAAGUAUGGGCCCGUGAUCAAGACAACCAACAUGGGUAAGACGAUCUACCUGACGGACGAUCCGCAAGUGGCGGCAGUGUGCUUCGCCGAGUCAGCAUACAUGACCAAGAAGAUCAACUCUGAUCAUCCGCUCUGGGGCGUCAAAGAUAACACAGCCAUCUUCAUCGGUGACACGGAGACAGAGAAUUGGCGGUUGGCGCACAAGUACCUGCCGCCAGCCAUGGGGCCCAAGGCAGUGCGGCACUACACGGGGCUGAUGCAGGAGUGUGCGCGCAAGUCGUUACCAGUGUUCGACGAGCUGGACGCCCGCGACGAGUCUUGGAAUGUCUACCAGUAUAUGGUGAAACUGGCAUCCCAGACCAUCGGCCGCUUCUCUCUCGGCAAGGAUUUCGGCCACUUCAAUGCCGUUGACAGCCCGCUGCACCCCAUCGUCACCAACAUUGCCAGUCUGCUCUCGCUCAACAAGAAAAUCACAGCCCGCGGCGAAUGGUAUCGCCACCUGCCCUUCGGCGACCCGGCCCGCUUGCGCCACGUCCAGCACACCAUCUACUCGCUGCUACAGGAGCAGGUCGACACGGUGAUGGCCGAGUCCUCCAGCAGCGACGCACCCAUGGCCGACGCCGCGCUGUCUGCUACCUGUGUCGUCGACUACCUGCUGCACGCGGUCGACGAGAUAGGGGCGCACUUCCCGCCGCCCCUGAUCCUGGCCAACAUGCUGAUUGUGACAGGGGCUGGUUUCACGACGACAUCGGCGCUGCUGUCGUGGCUCAUCUACUGCCUCGUCACGUACGAGGGUACGCAGGACCGGCUGUACGCAGAGCUGGUAGAGCAUGGUAUCGUGGGCGCUGCAGGCGAGCGCAACCAGACAGCCUGGACGCCGGACCUGGCACACAGUCUGCCGUACAUGGACCGCUUCGUCAAGGAGACGCAGCGGCUGCACAACGCCUCCUUCCAGCCUGGCCGCACCACCAAGACCGACGUUGUCCUCCCCGGUGGCUAUCGCCUCCCGCCUGACAGCGUCAUUGUGCCUGCCCUGUAUGCCAUCCACACCAAUCCCAAGAUCUGGCGCGAUCCCUUCCGCUUCGACCCGGAUCGCUGGGACACAGACGAGGUCAAGAACCGCCACCGCUGCGCCUAUGUACCGUUUGCGACGGGGCCGCGCGGCUGUAUCGGUUUCAAUUUUGCCCUGCUGGAGGUGAAGGUCCUGCUAGCAGAGCUGGUAAGUCGGUAUGAGUUCGUACGCGACGGCCAAGAGGCCAUCGAUUACGAUCCUGAGUUCCAGCUCAUCCGGCCUUUGAACUUUUACGUUCGGGCCAAGCGCCGCGUGUGAUUGACAAGGGGAUUUUGUACAUAGACUGAUGAACAAGAUGAUUCGUG